GGGCGGCCAAUCGGAGCGAGGGUUGUUGCGGGGUGGGACGGCAGAACAGGACGGCGGGUGGACGGAGUGGAGUGAGGGAGCGGUGCCGUGGCGGUAGCGAGAUGUCGAGCAGGAGGAGUGUCGGGGACCCGGAGUAUUUAACCAGGCGCAUUCCUCAGAAUCCCAGAUACCAACAUAUAAAAACCCGCCUUGAUACUGGAAACAGUUUGACAAAAUACACUGAGAAGCUGGAAGAGAUCAAAAGAAAUUACAGAUAUAAAAAGGAUGAGCUGUUUAAAAGACUGAAAGUGACUACUUUUGCCCAGUUGUAUGUCAUCCAGGUUGCCUCUCUAUCUGAUGAAACCUUAGAAGUGACAAAUGAGGAGAUCCACAAGCUGGAAGAUGGUGAUUCUGUUGCUCCAGAUGCUGAAGUCACAGCAGGAACAAAUGGGAAAGGAAGCCCCGAUGGGACACCUAGUCCGGUCCUGUUCAUAAACAACACAGGAGCCGGGGAAUCCUAUCGGUCCACGCUGCAGAGUGUGAUAAGUGGCAUUGGUGAACUUGAUAUAGAAAAGGACACUCCAAAGAAAGUGGACGCUCAGGCUAAAGACAUGCCUUAUCCCGACUGCCCCUUCCUGCUUUUGGAUGUACGAGACCAAGAUGCAUACGACCAAUGUCACAUUAUUGGAGCUUAUUCGUACCCUAUUGCAACACUGUCUAGAACAAUGAACCCAUAUACAAAUAGUAUUCUGGAAUAUAAAAACGCACAUGGAAAAAUCAUCAUUUUGUAUGACAAUGAUGAGAGGUUAGCCAGCCAGGCAGCAACAACUAUGUGUGAGAGGGGCUUUGAGAACUUGUUUAUGCUAUCUGGAGGCCUGAAGGUCCUUGCACAGAAAAUCCCAGAAGGACUGAUCACCGGCUCGCUCCCCGUGUCCUGCCAGGUGGCAGGUCCCCCUGGAUCUGCCCGAAAAAAGACCUCUCCCAAAGUGCCACCCACACGUGCUGAGAAUAAAUGGAGAUUCACUGCAGAGGAUCUACAAAAGAUAAAGUACUACCUGGAAGAGGAGCACAUUCCUUCAGACACUGCCAGCCAUCUUAGUCGUGGUUCUUCAGGCCGCAAUUCCAAGGUGACAACCGCGAGGAGCAGCGCCACUGGCAACGUGGCAUCCCUCACUGCCCGCUCGUUCAGCAGGAGCAGCCUCCAGAACAGGCCAUGGAAAUAAGCAGCGGUGUCUUCCAGUAAAUGAAUGUCCAGGUUCUGGGAACCCUGAGCAGUGCAGCCUGUUUGUCAUUUUAGGAAUCCGCAGGGAAAAGCAGCAGUGGUAUGUAAAUGGCAGCUCGGGUAAGGCUGGGGGAGCUGGAACGGUUGACGUUUCAUAGAAGCAGGAACAGGAUCACUUUGGCAAGGCGGAAUUUUAGGUACAGUGUCAGGACAGAGUUAUCUAAUCGAUUUUGUAGGGGAGGGAGGAAACUGGUAGUAAAGCCUGUGACCAGUAGAAAUGGUUCUGCGAAGCUUGUAGUUCAGAGGAGUGAACUUCUGUCUGUAACACACUCCUCCUGUGCUGUGCCCGGAACCACAAACUGUGCAAACAGGAGAACGCGUGUGAAGAUAAAUGGGCCAGAAAUCAUCCAUGAGCAUAAAACGUGUUUUGUAGCAAAGAUACAGACAUUCAGCAACUUGCCAAAAUGUUGGAGAGAGAAUUCCGUAAGUUUGUUGGUUCGUUUUAUUGGGGUUUUUUAAUUUUUAUGUUAAUGAACAGAAGUAUUAGUAAUAAAGAUGUUUGUGGAAAUAUCACCCAGCAUGGCACUGUAACCUGACAGCCACGUUUACUUGUGAACAGUUUGUGAAACAAUUCUGUAUUUUUAAAGGUGAGCUGGAGGAGAAAAUAACUUCAUUUUCCCUCUUUUCUCCUUCAUUGUCUAGAAGGCUUGGCUUCUAACUGUGCUUUUUCUGCUUUGUUCCUUGCCGUUGUUAGAGCUACUGUGUGGUGGUUUUGGUUCUAAAUGAGAUUAAAUGAGAGAGUAGGCUGCCAGAUGUGCUGAGCAGGGUUUUAGCUGGCAUUUCUUAGGGCAGAAUCAUCUGCUGUGCCCUUCUUCUUGGUGUGCAGGCAAGGUGUCUCCUUAGUUCGACUGUGCACCGGUGGUUUGCUCCUUUUCCGACUUGCCAGAGCAGGUUGUUGGUCACUAGAGCUCUAGAAAAUGAUGUAUGUGGAGGAGCCAGUCACUCUUCUGCUGACAAGGCUGACUUCCCUAACCAUCAUACAGGCAGCUGCGAGUCAAGGUUGGGGAGCAGGAUGUCAUUUUUGCUUCGUAAAAUGAUUUUGUGAUACUUGGAGGCAAACUGUAUUCUUCAGUGGAGCAACGAAGAGCUCUGCGGUCCCGGUGUCUGAUAGAGGCUGGAAAUGUGUUCCCAGCUACACCCUCGCCAGUGCUUUUGGAGUAGCCCCUUUAAGGUUAGAGGGGCUUCUGUCCCUAAAACCCAGCAGGAAUCAUGAAUUGGGUAACUGAAAAGGGCAGGAAGAUUUCAUAGAUAAUGAGUAUCACAGUUUUCAUCCAAUCUGUUCUUCCACCAUAGCAGUAUUGGCGGGAUGACCUGGAAAUCGUCUGAAACUGCCCGGUGACAAAGCAGAGUUGCCUACUAGAGACAUCGUAGGUGGUUACGGAGGGAUCCUGCUCUCUGGCCUUUACCUACAGGAUUGCUUAGCUUGGUCCAGCUUUGGCUUCUUGGUCUUGUGGGGUUUUGUGUGUGGCUUUUUGGGUUUUGGUGGGGUUUUUUCCCCCCUUUUUGAAGUAGACAAGUAAUCUUUAACAGAUCCCAAAAUCCCCCCCUGGUGCAGACCAUCAGGGGAUAAUUCUGGUGAAAGGGCAAAGUGAGAGAAAUUGCACAUAAUUUCCAGUUUGGCGGUUUAAGAUUUGACAUCCCUGAGCACAUUUAUCGUGUUUAUUGUGUCUCCAUGAGUCUUAAAUCAGAGGAGUGCUGAUACAGGGAGCGGCAGUCGCAUCCUGAUGAGAGCCAUAACUUCAGUCCUUUCCAGAGAAGAGCGAGGUGAUCAGCACAAACCUCUGAUGCUGUGUUGGGAUCCCCCGGAGGGAGAAUAAGGGGACGAAUCAAAGGGCAUAGGGCAGAGCCAGCAUUUAAAAAGUACUGAAUGAAGUACUUCAGAGCUGAAUGCCCCCGUGUGUUCAAAUACACAUCUAUAUUUUUAUAUGUAACAAAAUCUGAUUGCAGGGAGGUAACUUAAAGCUCUCGGCUUCCCAAAGAAGUCCUUGGAUUUUAAGUUGUACAAACCAACUCUAAUUUGUACAAACUCCCUUUCCAACCCUUCCGCUAAGGAUUGCGCGUGUCCUGGGGUUCCAUGAGCAGCGUGUGUGUAAGUAUGUACUGUAAGGGUUGGGCUGGUCAGGUAUGAAAAUCAAAAAUUUAAAGGUAUUAUUUCAGCCCAUCCUUAGGAAGCUGGAUGCGUCUUGCGAACCGCUCUGCGUUCUUACUUGAUCGCACUUCUGGAAGACUUCUUGUUGGUUUAAUUGUAGGCUUGUUUAUUUUGAAUGAAAUAGCUCGUCUUCCUGUGUCAGGCCGGUUGGCUUUUCGUGGAACGGCAGCAUCGCUUUUGGAGAUUAAACUGGUUUUUAAACGUUCUAAGUGGGAGCUGCAGGGACCUGGAUCUUGUCUUGUGCUUGGGAAGCUGACUCAUUUCUUGGGGCUUUAGUUACUGAUUGACAAUGCUAUUAGGUGGCCUAAUAAAAUAAAUAAAAGCUAAAUAAAGUUUUCAAAGGAGUUUGGUACUGAAGCAUCGCAGAAAUGCCCCAUUUAGCUUUGAACGUGUAAUGUGGCGCUCACAUCUGCGUAGUCUGACCUUGAUGUCUGGAGUCUGCUGCUCCAUCCCGCUCUGUACGAUACCUCCGUUUUUAUGUCGUCAUGAAAUAAAAACAAUGAACAAAGCAUAAUUCAGUUGGUAUCUUGCCUAGGCAUCAUGAAAAAUUAUACUAUUGGAUUGAUGUAGUUGAAUGUGCACCGAAGAGGUGAGAGCCAUUUGUUACCCCCUUGAAAGAUGGGGCCUGGUACUGCACACAGGGUCUCCCCGGUGCGCGAGAUCUUUCAGCUCCAUGAGCGCUUGGAAGCGUAUAAAAUGCGUCUUUCUGAAAACAGACAUGAGAAUAGUGGUCGUUGUGUCGGCUUAAAAUCCUGAUUUUUGCUAUCCGGCUGUGGGAGACAGAUCCAAAAUCCCUGGCUGCUCGGGGCUGCGUGAAAACCUCCUGAAACAGAGGGACAAAACUAGUCUGAGCUCUCUGAGAUCCUCCAAAUCCAGGGCAUCAAAGGAAGAACUGAAUGUACUUUCCCAUCGUCUCGAUGGAUUUGUCCGGUUGUGGACUCUUUAACUUGAUAUGGUUUGGAGAAUAAUGUCAAACUAUAUAGUCUGGAAGUUUUAAUUGUUUAAUUUAAUAAAAAGUAAACGACA